AUGUCUGAGGCUUCUCCCCCUCAAGGGGUGUUGCCUGAACGGUCUGGUCCGUCCAGUCCUUCGAGCGCAAAAGAUGGAGGUGAUGCGGCUACCUUCUCUUCUCGGAGUGACCCUCUGGUCCGUCCAGAGACCACUCUAGAGUCUGCUCCGGCAGAAACAACACAUAACGAAGAAGAAGUUGGCAGCUCGGUCCGUCCGACUCCAACUGGCAUCUCUGCUCCGGCAGAUACAAUACACAAUGAAGAAGAGGUUGACUAUUUGGUUCGUCCAGAUACAGCCGGACCCUCUGCUCCGGCAGAUACACAAUUCGAGCAAGAAGAUAAGGGGGCUCCUUUAGGUGACCCCUUAGACAUUAAUAAGGGCUUCGACAUCUUGGACCUCGGGCACGAUGAUGACAACGAAGUACUUGAUGAAGUCCAGACUAGUGGUCUCGAACCUCAGGAUAUCAUUGAGGAAGACGUUGAAAUGGAGGAGGGUGAAGAUAUCCAACCUGCUGAACCCUCCCGCAAGGGAAAGGAGAAAGUUGCGGACAUUACUAGUAAGCAUGAAUGGGCCGACAUGAGCAGCAGUUUUAGCCUGCAGGAAGGUGAGGAAGGCCACGAUGAUGCUCACGAUGCCAAGCGGAUGCGCCAGGAGUUCCAGCCGAUGCCUGAGGAAGACGCCAUGGCGAUUGCGGUGGGUCGGAGCAAGACCGACGCCAUCAAGCGAUUGGAAAAAGGUACGUCUGCCGCUGCAGCUAUCGGUCUGAAGUUGAAGAGGGAGGCGAGAGAGGAGCCGGUCGACGAAUCUACGCUAGCAGUCCUCGAGGAGGGGGUGCCUGCGUAUAGAGAUUGCCCAAAGGCGAUAUCAGUGCCAUGUCUCUUCCAGCGUUGGGGAGAUCACAAGGAGUUUGGUGGAGUGAAAGCCCAGCACGCUAAUUUCAGUUACCGAUUGCGCAUCGACUUUGGGCGUUAUGGUCGUCCGUCAAUUCAGCUGACUAUCCGUCGAAGCAAAGUCUUAUCCAAACCGUUGGACACUGCAGCGAGGGACAGCUACUACGAAGUCAAGUUCAAGUGGCAGCCUGGUUGCGUGACCGAUGUGCAGGUGCAGGUGGACUAUGGCGACCAAGAUAAUGAAACUCGCACUGAGAUAACACGAUGGAUGAUCGAGAGCAUGAUGCUUACGCCUUUCAUGGAUGACAGAGAUGUUCUCAUUGACAAGGGACUCUGGCAGCACUCGCCGCGAUCGCAGGUCGAGCGUCUGAGCGAUGAAGAUAAGGCCCGACUUGUGGCUCUAAGCUUCAAUGGACGACACGGUCAGAUCGAGACUAACAUCAACGUAGCUGCUCUCCAGCUAGGUGUUCGCGAUCCGCCAACCCUUAGGCUUCUCGGGGAUCUUUUCGGUAAGGAAGAUGCAGGGUUGACCAUCCUGUUCUUAGUACCAGAUUACAACGGGGUGAAUCCCAAUCAGACCUCAAGAGACGCCUACGGCUUCAUGCACAAUGAGUUUAGUUGGUUUAAGCUCAUGUAUGAUGGUAGGUGGCCACCUGACCACCCUUACCUUGACGAUGAGCAUGAAUUGAACAUCACCUUGGACAUGAGGGACAUCAGCACCUUCAAGAACAGGAUGUAUGUCGUUUAUUCAAAGGACGUCACCAAGCGGCAGAACGCCCAAAAGCAGGAGACUGGUGUCAUAACCUAUUGGCCAGAGCCCCACGGCUUCUACACUCAUGAUUUGGAUAUGUACUACCACAGCGUGAAGGCAUAUUGCAUCCCACUCAUGGUCAACGUUGUCCGUUCAUGGCAGUGGGAGCGCCCAGCGGAGGGCGUAAGAACCAAGGUUUCGGAAGCACAGGAUACUCGUAUGAAGACUUUCUACGUUUUCGUAUGGCUUCCCAAGGAUAACAGACUGCGUGUUCCAGCAGAUCAGUCGCCAUGGCACAUCGAAUUUGCUGAAGAGCACUGGGGCCAUCAGGUCCAUCAGCCAAAGAAGAGUAGAUGGACAGGAUAUGUUAGGAAUUUGACCCAUCGAGAGCUUAUGGCUACCGGCGCUUCCUUUGUGUUGGCUUGCAACAAGCCACGGAGAGCUCAAUGGGUCGAAUCAGCCGAUGACUGCACUGAGAUCCAGCAUUACCAGCAGAUCCGCAUGACCCAAAUUGUGAGCAAAGAGUCUGCACAGCGUGUCCUCGCGUCGGUUCGAGAGUUUGCUGAGCUGUCAAGAGACGACCUCGAAGCCCUUCAGAUGACCCUUGCAUAUGACAAAGAGGUCAGACAGGAGGUGAGCGACCCUCUUCACCAUGGCCAUUUUGCCCAGGAGGGUGUGGAGGAGAAGUGCGUUGAAGCUUGGCAUAAGAUUGUCAAGUUGCUCGCACCUCAACUGGACGAGGGGCAGCUAGCCUUGCUUACUGAGGGCUUCCAGCAUAUCUACAAUCGAUCUAAGAUCGUACUGGGUGGAGCUGGUUGUAAGAAGACCACCACAUUUGCAUUGGCAGCUGUGAUCAUGGGCGUUAGCGAGGAUGACCAUGAGACGGCAGAGUCCGUUGCAUGUCAGAAGUAUCUGCGUUUCGUGCCGCCAGCUUCUGAAAAAGAUGCCUUGGUUCGAGCACAGGCAGAAGACGAGUCGGCCAUGCACGUAACCGGCACAGCGCGAGACCCCAACUACUGGCAUGAGCUCGACGAUGCCGUUGGAAUCGCUCAAGCUGAGGCUGGCUUAGCGGAAGCCAUGGCCAAUGAUCCUUCCAUUGACCAUGACGCAGCAGCAGCAAAGAUGCAACAGAUACUCCUCGACUGGGAGAGACUGAAGGCCGACUAUGACCGGAUGGCCGAGAAACCCAGCAGGGCCAACGAGUUUCCGGUGCGGCACUCGCUUCCGUAUGCUAUCCAAAAAUACGAGCAUAGUCGAGGCGCACUUCUGGCAGAAGCUGGAGAUCCGAAAACGCUGGCGUUGGAUUUCCGAAAGGCCACUGAUAAUCCCACCGGUGUCAUUCUCGACGACUGCACGGUGGUGGGAUGUACUUAUGUCAGCUCCGCUCAUGAGCUGAUGAAUUGGUACUUUAAACCCUCCGUGGUUUUCCAUGAAGAAGCUUCUCGAGCCAAGUUGUCCACUGUUAAAUGUGCACUCAUCUUUCGUUACGUAAAGGCGCACAUCUUCUUGGGUGACAUUCGACAGCUGAAACCGUUUGACGCGGCUUCCCACGUCAGCGAGUUUAACAAGGUGGGCAAGAUGUUCAUCUUAGACUGGUUGAUCCAGAAGAAGCACGGAUACACCUGGCUGAAGGUCGACUAUCGAAACCACCCAGAUAUCCUGCAAUUCCCAAACCGCGAGUGGUACGAGAACCUGCUGGAAAGUGCCCCGUGUGUCUACGAAUGGGUCCCGCAGCUCGACAUCUGGACCAAGACAUUCCAGGAGCAAUACUCAGUCGUGGUGAAGAGUCAAUACUACUGCAUCAAUGUGCCACGUGGAAUUUCGCAGGUUAUGGAAGGUGGAACCUCGCUGCAGAAUUUCGCCAACGCCGAGGUUAUAGCUUGUCUGUGUCUUUCUUUUGUCAAGAAUGGCAUGCAACAGAGGGCAAACACCGUCGCUGUCUGCGUUGGCCUAGACGGUAUCAUCCUGGUCACAAUUGACCAGUAUCAGGGCGAAGAUAACGACUUCGUUAUCCUCGACUUGACGGCCACCCAAAAGGGUGCCCUUUUCGUCGAUGGGGAGCCGAUGUACCAAGAAGCUACCUCUCAUCUCACCAGUGAGAAUCGACUGUGUACGGCCUUGACAAGGGCGAAAUAUGGCUGUGCGAUUGUCGGCGCAGCUCAGUCUUUGGAGAGAGCUCUGGCCAACUCUGAGAAAGGGACAGGUCUGGUGUCUUGCAUCCACGAUGCCAUCGAUCGUGGCAUCAUGAUCACCGAUCUCACUGAGGAUGAAAGUAACUAUGUUCAGGAUCAGAUCAAGCAGGGUGCUGGAUAUCGAGAUUUCAUGGCCGAAACAGCCAUGGAUAGACAGUACUCCUGGAUGGCUAGCUUUCGUCAGAGUCAGCUUGCGAGGCAAAACAGGACCAAGAGGCACGGCGCCUAUGGAAGACCAACUGGGCCUACAAUCACUUACCCUGGACCUGAUCAAGGCAAGCAGUUUCAACACUUCCCUCCUUUGGUGCGAGAUCGCGCCAAAGAACGCCAGGCUGCUCCGAACGUUGUUCCCUCCACAGACAAACAGGAGACUCGUAACACUCGCAGGCCGGGCAGCAAGCCCUCCAAGGCUGCUCGAGCUGCCGCUGAGACUGCCACAGAAAAGCUCUCAAGCGGUUGCAUGAGGUUAGAAAAGCGCUAA